AUUCUUUAUCUCUUCAAUUGGGAGGAACCAAUCUUUUCUACACGCUUUCCAAAGUGCCUACCAUAUUUUAUAUCGAUACGAACGCUAGUGUGCUAAACGUCGAGACAUUACUGACUGUCCCCAAUGCAGAUUUUAUUACAGUUGAAACCAUCGAUAGGUUUCUUGUCUACACUACUCCUCUUACUCAGAAGUUGACUAUCUUCGACUUAAUGACCAGCACAGCAUUGUCAGUCUACCCCAUCUAUGCACAGGCGUCGGUAUUUGAGAAGUGCCUAUUACAUGUUGGCACAACUGGCGAUCCUAAUGGUAACUCCCGUUUGUACUAUAUGUACAAUUCGACUAUCUUAGGUUAUACGGAUACACUCAACAGUGGGAAUCGGACCAUGAUAGGGAAUCUGCCUUUUGAGGAAGGUGAAGUAAGGACGGACAUGGAAAAGUAUGGAAGCACGCUUUUCUUAAUACGAAAUAAGCUGGUGGAAUACGACACAAUGUCUAAAUCCGUCAAAAUCCAUGACAACAUCACUGUGUCUCUAAAGACUGGUGUCAAGCAUACGUUCAGUCCUCAAUCUAUUCGGAUCACUGGCAUUGAUUAAACCGAACCUGUUACCAUCGUGGAUUGCCCUAUGGACAUCUCUGUACCCAUCAGCAGUAGCUCGACAGACAGCACGCAGCAGGUCUCAUGGAGUGAGCCUACUUUGAACGCUUGGUCCAACUGUGCUACCUUGGAAUUUCUGGGACCAGGAACCAAUGGAGGUAAUUUCAGAGAGGGGAACUACAGCAUGUCAUACCAAGCCUUUGAUACGAGAGGAAACACAGAUGUGUGUAACUUCACGGUGACAGUCAUGAAUAAUGACGUUUCUACUCCGGAUGCCUCGUCUAUCGAUCCUCAAUCUGGGCCUACUGGAGGCGGCACUACACCCAGUUCGGAUGGGACCCCACCGUCCGGGAGUGGCAUCAAAACCUCGUGUAACGUGUUGCAAGUAGCCACUGCCCUUUUCAUAACCAUGAUAACCGUAUUCAUAUAGGCCUUACAAAGCGAUCAAUAGUUUUAUUUUGUUUCUUAAUGGUAGACGGAAGAAACGUACUUAAAACAUACCCCUUCCAAAAUUACAACGCACGCGCAUACUCUAUGUGGUUAAGGUUUUGAGGUUGUGGCACUAGCAUUGCCCUUUUUUCAGAUUGUUUGGAAAAUAAAUCUACUUUUGAAUUUGUGUACGUAGCGGGCAGUAUACAUUCCCGCAGAAUAUGUCCUCCAUCGAUAUCUUAAAACGGAAGUUCACUAAUGAACGUCUUAACCCCUUGUAUAAUUGAAAAUUUUUGAAUAAGCGACGCAGAAUGACUUCUAGAACAUCUAAGAGGUCUUUGUCGAAAACUGGUGAGCCGGGACUGCAGUUCUGCGGAGCGUUGUGGCCCAGUGGAUUAGUCUUCGGACUUUAAAACAGAGGGUCGUGGGUUCGAAUCUCAGCCAUGGCGUAAUUUCCUUCGGCAAUAAACUGAUCCACAAUGUGCUGCACUCAACCCAGGUGAGGUAAAUGGGUACCGGUACGAAGUAAUUCCUUAAAAAGCUGUGUGCGCUAUGAACGCCUAGCUUAGCCGGGUAAUAUAGGAGCGCCUUGAGCACCUAACAAGGUGGAUAUGUGCGCAAUAUAAAUACCCUAUAUUAUUAUUAUUAUUCUGUCAUCAGUUUCGAAGCUGAAAAAAAAUGCAAUAUGUCGUUUGCACAGGACCAAACUGCUGUUUUAAAUCACCAUUAAUGUUUUACUAUGGACUUUCGUUGUUGGUCCAGUCUUACUAAUUUCUAAUUGAUUUCAUUGAGAUGUCCCCACUCCAAUAAAAGGGUAUUUGAUUAUAAACGGAGUACUCCUGAAUGAAAUUACUGCGCUAAUAAUAAGCAGUAAUAUGUAAUGGUUUUAUUAGUUGCUUGAAAGAUUAUAUUUCAGGUUUACUAGGGGAAAAGAAAACACUUGUGUCAUGUAAAGGACUUGUUGGACGAUUUGAUUUAUGUAGGGGUUGAUGUGUAACUUUAUUUCUUCUUUUUUUUAAUAUAUAUUUCUUAUGCAUAUAUCAUGAUAAUUACGAUUAGCAGGAUGCUAGUUUUUCUCAUUUUGUUCAUGUGCACGAAGAAUAAAAAAUAAAUCUAAGAACAAAUAAAAAAAUCGUGUAGACAAUUGCAGAUCUAAGAUAUGCAUUGAUAUUGUAUCAUUAACUUCAAACAAAAUAAUGAAAUUAGGCUUGCAUACAAACUUGGGUAGACGGUAAAAGAUAAUGGCCAUAUCUAACAUUUAUAUUACGGUAGGAUGUUUUGUGGUAUGUUUUUUUCUCUUUUUAUUUAUCCGCAAAUGUGAGUUUAUGGUGACCUAAAAUCGUUUUCAAUAAAGGAGCUUAAACAUGUUAAAUU